UAAAAAAGGUACAACAAAUGUGCGGCUUAAGUGAAGGACGGGAUCACUCAAAUAUGAUUUUAAACAGUAUUUAUAAAAUUUACUGUUUAACUAAUAAGCCCUUUUAUAUAUUAAAUCUUUUACUGGUUGUUGUUGAAAUGACGAUGAAAAUGGAUGAUCCCCAAAUUGUGGGGGAAAGUUUGAGUUAUUUUGCCCUGUAUAUUAUUAUGUUUGUUAGUUUGUUGUAUAUACAGUCCACGGACAUUCAGAAGUUGUUUAAAGAAAUUGAUGAAAUGGAAGAAACGUUGUCCACGACGUCAAACAACAGUAUAAUAGAAAUUUAUGGAAAAUAUAGUAAAAUAAAUAUAGUUGCUGGACAACAAAUUUUCGGUGUUUGUGGAACAUUUUGCUUUUGUUUCGCAAUACACCACCUCAAAAUUUUAGAAGGAAAGCGGUCCUUUAUAUAUUAUCAGUGGUACCCGGUGGACACCAACAGAUAUUAUUGGGUCAUAGCUGUUAACCAGUUCUUCUUUUUGACAGUGGCUUUUUUUUAUCUGAUGUACACUAAAUUGUCUGUUAUUGCUUUUUCCACCUACAUUUUAGGACGCAUAAAAGUUUUACAACAUAUUUUGGUUGGAAUGGACGAUUAUGUUAAAUCUGACUCAGUAGAAGACAUACAUGAAUCUCGGUUUAAUGUCAUUAAAAAGUGUGUUUUACUUCAUAACGAACUCAUAGAAUAUGUUAUGUUAGUAAGGCGACACACAAGCACAUUCAUUAUGUUGGAUUUCAUCCUAUCAUCUUUACAACUGGGUUCUGUCCUAAUUGCUCUAAUGACCAAUGAUGAAAAUGUUAGAUUUGUGGACAGAGUUGUUCUUUGGUGUUACUUAUGUGUAAAUAUGCACAUCAUGUGGGUCUCUUAUUAUUAUGGAAACGAAAUUAUUGUACAGAGCCUUAACAUAUCGUUGUUGGUCUAUAAUGAAUUAAAUUGGUACGAAUUCAACUUAAAAUGUAAACGAGGACUCAUCAUAAUUAUGGCUAAGGCCCAAUCACCACUUUCUAUAAGUAUUGGUCCACUUGCCGAUUUAUCUCUUCAAGCUUUUUUGACGGUAAUUCGUGCCACAUUUUCUUACAUGACAUUCAUGAAAAGUAUUUAUGAAUAA